CUCCCACCACAACGGCGAUGCUGGAAUGGUCCAACACAGCACAUGUUGGAGCGAACGGGCUGGGAGAUUGCGUGUAUCUAGCGUCAAACACCUUGAAGCCCCUCUGCUUCACAGUCCAACGUUCAGCGCAGGCCCAAGUGGUUCAUAUCUUGCCAACCUGGGACGCCGAUUAUCAGAUGCAGCACCACGCUCAUCACGACGCAGCAACGACCUUAUUCAUGUCUUCUCCUAGAAGCCCGAAGACGCAGACUCGUGAUGCAGAGCGUGUGAGCGCCAGUCAUUAGAGUAUCAGCCUUCUCUCCACGGCGCAUGAGAACGGGCCAGACCAUGUUUUGAAGCUUCCAACGUCCCCUACUCUUUUCUCGUGUCGUCCACCUGCUAGCUUGCGCGACGCUGCCGCCGGAUGUCAGAAAAAGACCACGCUUCAAGCCCGGGUGCGGCGGAAGGGAAAGUGAUGGAGUUUCCGGAGGGCGGGACGCAGGCCUGGUCGACGGUGCUUGCCGGAUGGACGAUUGUUUUCUGUACCUUCGGUGCCAUCCAAUCGUAUGGGGUGUAUCAAGACUACUAUACGAGGGAGUCGUUGAGCGAGUAUCCAACGUCUGAUAUCUCAUGGAUAGUUUCAGUUCAGAUAUUCUUCCUGUUCUCGUUGGGGCUCUUCAGCGGGAAGCUAUUCGACCACGGGUACUUCAGACAUUUACUCGUCGUCGGGAGCUUCAUAUAUAUUUUCUCCUCCUUCAUGCUGUCGCUUGUGAAGCCGCACCGUUACUACCAAAACUUCCUCGCACAAGGUGUCGGGAUAGGGGUCGGAAUGGGCAUCCUGUUUCUUUCAUAGCUAUCCGUUUCAGCUCACUACUUCCCGCGGAAACGAGGGUUGACUAUGAGCAUUAUCAUCGCUGGUGACCACACCACAUCGGGUGGGCCGUGCGUAUCGGUUCGUUCUUCGACCCGUUUCUUCUCGUCUCGACGAACAGCAUCAUGCGGACGAGGCUACCCCCGGCUCAGUGGUACGGGCCGAUAUACAGCCAGUAUCGGAGGAUAUUCAGGGAUGUUAUAUUCUGGCUUGCAGUGUUUGGGAUCACGUUUGCGUGUUGGGGUUUGUUCGUUCCGAGUAGGUAAACCGCAUCGAUCGCCGGGAAAUGACUCAUCCUUGGGCUAGUCUUCUAUAUCAAGUUAUUCGCAAACGAGAACCACGAGUCUGACAUCGUUGAAAGUUAUACCCGUACUACGGCGCACUACCGUCUUUGUUAAAUCCGACCCUCUUCUC